AUGCAGAACCAAGCGAUUGCCGGCGAAGGGCUUAUCGUCCUGGAUGGCGCUGUCGAGGGGGACAUGGCAGUUGGUUAUUUCUUCCUCGACGGCCUGAAUGCCAACCUGAAAGAGACCUGGACGCACGAGACCAAUGACGGUUCUGGGUUCUUCUGGCCGAGCCAGCGCCUCGCCCAUAUUCCAGGGCGCCACGUCAUGACCUUCGGCUACAAUGCUGCGUCCAUUGACGCGAUCGCCCAAACGCUCACGAGUCGCCUGAUAGACAAGAGGAAGGGAGAACACGCUCUUUGCAACACCCACUCCAAUCGUCAUGCUCGGCUGGAGAACCGCAAGAUUAGGGAACAAAAGGCCAUCUACGAUUCCGUUUCUGGCAUUGGCUUCAUCGGCACUCCUCAUACUGGCAGCAUCGAGUUGCAGGAUCUCAGGAACAGUUUCGAGCGGCCCACCAUCUUUACCCAGCAUGUGAUCAAUAUAUGCACUUUCUUUGAGACCAAGACGAUCAAAUUUGCCGGAGAAGAGAUCGUCCCACGAGAUAUGGCCAUCUUGCAUUACAUGAACGAGAGAAAAGAGCCAGUUGCGAAGGAGCAUGCCAAGAUGGCAAAGUUCACGAAUGCUCAAAAUGACUUGUACCAAUCCAUCUGCGAGAGGCUCAGGGACAUGGGCACUGAUGGCUUACACAUACAGAGAGCUUGCCAAGCAACCUAUCGCAUUCUGCAGAUUCCCAGCUCAGUUACCAGAGUACACGGUGCCUACUUCCUCUCGACAUGCGGAACAUCACGACUGGAAGGAAAGGGCCGGCUGGGAUCACCUCCGAACAUCCCAAUUCACUCCCUGGCUUCGCGCGUCGGGCAAAGCCAGGCCCCGAAAAUGGCCACCGUCUCCUUCGUGACAGUGCCUUGCCUCCUGUUGGAUAAGAAGGGCUAA